CAAAUACAGUCAGAAUUUUUGUACUAUAAGAAGCGAAUACCAAAACCCAAUUGAUCAAGAUAAGGGAGACAAAAUGGAGGCUAUAGAGCACAGAUUUCUAGAUGUCAAUGGCAUAAACAUGCACGUUGCUGAGAUUGGUCCGACGAACGGCCCAGUUAUUCUCUUUAUUCAUGGAUUUCCUGAGCUAUGGUACUCCUGGCGCCACCAGAUCGUGAAACUGGCUUCUCUGGGAUACCGAGCAGUGGCGCCGGAUAUGAGAGGCUAUGGAGACACCGACGCUCCAUCUGAUCCACGGAGCUACACUGCCUUCCAUAUCGUCGGCGAUGUCAUCGGACUCCUGGACGCUGUGGCACCCCAUCAGGAGAAGGUUUUUGUAGUGGGUCAUGACUGGGGCGCUUUCAUAGCGUGGUUCUUGUGUCUGUUUAGACCAGACAGAGUCAAGGCUUUGGUGAACAUGAGCGUGACGUUUGCUCCUAGAAACCCCAAGAAGAAAGUUAUAGAUACGAUGAGAGCCGCCUACGGUGACGAUUACUACAUCUGCAGAUUUCAGGAGUAUGGAAGUAUAGAAGCUGAGUUUGCUGAGCUUGGUAAUGAGAGAGUUGUGAAGGAAUUCCUGACAUACACUCAUCCAGGUCCUCUAUUCCUCCCUAAAGGUAAAGUGUUUAGCCGUCCAGCAGAAAAGCCGCUUGUGUUGCCUUCUUGGUUGACUGAGCAAGAUGUGCAGUAUUACACCAGCAAAUUUGAAAAGAAAGGCUUCACUGGAGGAUUGAACUAUUACAGGAAUUUUGACCUGAAUUGGGAACUCACUGCACCUUGGACGGGGGCUCAAGUAAAAGUACCUGUGAAGUUUAUCGUUGGUGAUCAGGACCUUACCUACAAUUCUCUAGGUAACAAGGAUUAUAUAGAUAAGGGUGGGUUCAAGAGAGAUGUUCCAUUGUUGCAGGAUGUAGUUAUAAUGGAAGGAGUUGCUCACUUCCUCAACCAGGAGAAGCCUGAGGAGAUCAACAAACACAUUUACGAUUUCUUUCAGAAGUUCUGAUUUGCUAUCUACUGUCGUGUUUGUUAGAGAUUGGAGAGCUUGUAAGGUCGUUUGUUGUUAAAAUAAUGCAAGUGUUGUCUUGCUGUCCUCUCUUUUUAGUUAUUUUAGAAAUAAGCUUGUUGCCUGUACUAUUGGUCAGAUGGAGUAAUGGAAAAUUCCGACCUAUUGAGUAUAAA